AUGUGUCUGGUCUCUUACUGCGAGAAACACAUUCAGCCUCAUUAUGACUCCCCUGCAUUUGAGAAACACGAGUUGGUGGACCCCUCCAAGAAUCUCCAGGAGAACAUCUCCUCUAGUCAUGAUGAGGUGAUGAAGAUUUUCUGCCGUACUGAUCAGCAUGAAUCUACAUCCAGCAUCGAUAUCCGUCCUCUGAACUACUUUGAGGAUGUGACAGCGGCUGUCUUGGAAGUCCGAGAUAAACUACAGGACCUUCUGAGAGACACGUGGGCUAACAUCUCACUGACUGUAACUAAAGUGGAUGUUUUACUGUCAAGUCCACAACCAGAGCCCAAGACCAGAGCUGACUUCCUUAAAUAUUCACGUGAAAUCACACUGGAUCCAAACACAGCUCACAUACAGCUGUUAUUAUCUGAGGGCAACAGAAAAGCAACAUCUGUGUAUGAAGAACAGCCUUAUUCUAGUCACCCAGACGGAUUCACUGAUCUUUGGCAGGUCCUGAGUAAAGCGAGUCUGACUGGACGAUGUUACUGGGAGGUGGAGUUGAGAGGGGGGAGAAUUUUUGUAGCAGUCACAUACAAGGAUAUCAGAAGAGCAGGGAGCUCGGAUGAAUGCGGAUUUGGACUUGAUGACAAAUCAUGGGCGUUACGGUGUGAAAAAGAACAUUAUACAUUUUUGAACAACAAUGUCCAAACUCAUGUCCCAGGUCCUGGGUCCUCCAGAGUAGGAGUGUACCUGGAUCACAGGGCAGGUACUCUGUCCUUCUACAGCAUCUCUGAAACCAUGACUCUCCUCCACAGAGUCCAGACCACAUUCACUCAGCCUCUCUACGCUGGACUUGGGCUUUGUUUUGAUGGAGGCACUGCUGAGUUCUGUAAACUCAAAUAUACAGAAGUCAUUUAA